CCCGGCGGCGGCGGGGGAUGCUCGCACCCGCUGUGUCUGCCCGAGUCAGCUGCUGCUCGAUGUCAGAACCCGCUCCGGGCUCGGCGGGGCUGGASAGGAGAGCGGAACCGAGCACAGCCGAGCCUCGGCCGCCUCUCGCAGGCUGCGGGAGCGCUCCUUCCCCCCGCACGCCGCCGGGACAGCGCGGGGUGCCCGGCACAUCCCGCCGACGGAACUUGCCCAACUUUCCCGAUCUCGGGUCCCGGCACUUGCUACCAUGGCCCCCGGCAACUCUUCCCGCAACUUCUCGGCGCCGGAGGCUCGGAACGGCUCAGCAGCAGAGAAGCCAGCACCACACACCAACGUGAUCAUGCCCAGCCUCUUCAGCAUCAUCUGCUUCCUGGGCAUCGUGGGGAACCUCAUUGUCAUCUACACCAUUGUCAAGAAGAAGAAGCUCAGAUGCAAACAGACCGUGCCUGAUAUUUUCAUCUUCAACCUCUCCAUCGUGGACCUCCUCUUCCUCUUGGGCAUGCCCUUCCUCAUCCACCAGCUCCUGGGCAAUGGCUCGUGGUACUUUGGGGCUCCCCUGUGCACCAUCAUCACCGCCCUGGACACCAACAGCCAGAUCACCAGCACCAACAUCCUGACGGUGAUGACGCUGGACCGCUACCUGGCCACCGUCUACCCCCUCAAAUCCACCUACGUCCGCACGCCGUGCGUGGCAGCUCUGGUCAUCUGCCUGGUGUGGCUGCUGUCCUUCCUGACCAUCAUUCCCGUGUGGAUGUAUGCUGGCCUCAUGCCGCUGGAGGAUGGCACGGUGCGCUGCGCUCUCCUGCUGCCCAACCCCGAGACCGACAUCUACUGGUUCACGCUCUACCAGUUCAUGCUGGCCUUCGCCGUGCCCUUGCUCAUCAUCUGCGUGGUUUAUUUCAAGAUCCUCCAGCACAUGGCCACCACCGUGGUGCCUCUGCCCCAGAGGAGUGUCCGGGUGCGGACAAAGAAGGUCACACGCAUGGCAGUGGCCAUCUGCUCCGCCUUCUUCAUUUGCUGGGCUCCCUUCUACAUCCUCCAGCUGGUCCACCUGGGCAUUGACACCCCGUCCAUGGCCUUCUUCUACGCCUACAACUUCGCCAUCAGCUUGGGCUACGCCAACAGCUGCCUCAACCCCUUCCUCUACAUCGCCCUCAGCGAGACCUUCAAGCGCCAGUUCCUGGUGGCCAUUCGCCCUGCCAAAGAGCCCUGCCGCAACAGCAGCUCUGCCAACAACAACAGCAUGACAGAGGCCAGYGUGUGCCUGAAGCUGGCGCCAGAAUCCACCCAGCAGACUCAGUUCCUGGAGGACCUUUCCCCGCGCUCGCUGCCGGUGACUGUGGCUGUUCACAAGGGUGCUCAGCCUUUGGGUCUGUGAGCUGGU